AGCGCCGCUUUCUUACCUCAAACUUUCGACGAAGCUGAAACCAAGUAACCGUUUUUGUUCCCCUCCUUCCCUUUUUGUUUUUUUCCUUUCCCCUGCCAAUCGCAGCCGUAUACCCACCACCAUUGCAUUCUAUUACUUUGCGUGUUUCUCCCCCCUCCCCUCUCGGCGUCCGCCGUGUGCGAGUCUCGACACCACAAACAUUGGGUGUCGUGCCACAUCGGCGUUACGAAGGUAUUUUAUCAUCUAUCAUCUAUCUUCUACGGUGUAGUUCUCACCACUGCUUUUGUUCUCAUUGUUCCUUUGCCUGUCAUUUAUAUUUUGUUGUUGUUGUAGCUGUUCGUCGUACACCGCGUUAGUUCUCGUGUCGCACCGAACAGCGCUCCCCGCAUUCGUUUUGUUCCCCUCCCUCCCCUCCUCCCCAAAAAUCGGAAUCGAGAGCGAGGAAGACACAUGCCCGUGGCAUUUCCAUCGACGGAUGACAAAACAGCGCCAAUGGCGGCAAAUCUAAAAGCGGAGUGGAGAGGAAGAGGGAGAGGAGCGCCGCAUGACACCACAUCCAACGCGUCUCGUGCACCUGCGUUGGCUUCCUCUUCGAUGCUCGUCAAGUCACCAUUGGCGCCAAGCGGCCUGAUGUGCAUCAUUUCCUAUCUGGCCUCGAAUUCUGUCGUCGACGGCGCAAGCAGCAGCAGCAACAACACGCAGGAACGAGGUGAAGGAGGAGACGGUCACGUUGGCGGCUCGUCAUCGGUGGGGGAAGCUUUUGUCUCUGCUGAAAGCUUGUUCCUACAGGCAACGCAGGCCCCUUCCGCUGCCGCCAUCAGCAGCACCACGACCACCGCCACCUCCGCCUCCGCCUUGGGCCCUUCCCAAUCAUCCUCCGCGACUGCCGGCAUCAUCACACGCCCGCUCGCGUUGCUGGCCGCGUCUCCGCGCUGCCGUCGAGCGAUGGAGGAGCACCUUGCGGGCGGCUGCCUGCUUUCCCCGAUGGGUUCGCUGAUCUUACAGGUGCGGCGGCGUGAUGCGGUGGCCAGCGGACCCACGCUCUACCGAUUGGCUGCUGCGUCAACUGAGUCUUGAGAGAGAGAAGCACGCACAUGCGCGGCAGUGGCACCAAAAGCACAGCUCAAAGCAACGCGCUUUGCGGUCGGCUGAGGCGCUGGAGGCGGACGAGUGCGCGCAACAGCUCGUCGUCACCUCCACCAAUGUCCCUCUGAGCGUUCUGCCCUUUCAAACCAUCUCAUCCGUGUGCUCACCGGCGCGUUCACCGGUGCAGCGGCGACCGCUCUCCGCACGCGAACACCUGCUCCUGCCACGUCAGUCGCUCGUCUCCCCCACCUCUUCCUCCCUUGCUUCGCUGCCGCACACUCCGCGCCGAUCGCCGAGCCGGAGUUUGACGGCCUUGGCGUCACCUUCACCCCCACCACGUGCAUCUGCGGGUCGGUCGGCGGUCGCGGCGGCAGUGGAGCGCUCCCCCUCGCGCGACAUCGAUGGCCCACCAACACCACAACGGGCGGACACCUCUGCAGGUGGUCUACCCAGCAUUGCAGCAGCAACCUCACCGGUGGUGCAGAGUCGCAGAAUGCCGAUGGGCGCCCUGCUCGGUGCAGCAGCAGCGGCGGCACAAACUUUCCCGCCUCUUUCCCCCUCCUCCCCCCUUCCUACCACCGCCAUUGCCAUUGCUCCUGCUGCUGCAGCUGCGGCGGCACCAGGUUCAUCCAACAUCCGGCCCUUUCGCCGGUUGAGCUUAUCAUCGGGUGUGUUGCCCACUACGAGUGACGCGGCCGCGUACAGGGACGACGUACGAUCUGGUCCGCAGCCCUGGACCUCUACCCCGCCACUGCGGCCCGAUUCCUUCCCCUUCUUAAGUCCUCGCCCGUUGCCGUUGUCCACGGCAGCGGGCGCACCGCCCUCCUCCUACUCCACCCCGCCGCCGCCUCCGCCUUCUUCUGUUUCGUCUUCGUGUUCUGCUCUUCCUGUCCCACCGGCGCUGCAGGCGCUUUGUCGCGCGUGGUGGUGAGCUGCGCCGUGGACCGCUGCCGGUGUCGCUGAGUCUCCUGCGCUACACCGAGGCAGAUGUGCAGGCCCUGUGGAGCAUGCUGAGGGCAGAGGCAAUCACGGCGGGGGAGGGAGAGAACCUCCAGGGAGAGAGGUCGCGCGGGUUCGCUUGCGAAAGGAAAGGAGGGUCUGCGGAGAGGAGUACGGCGCACCCUACCGAUUCGGAUACGCCCGACUCGAAGAGGCCCACGAGGAGGAGAUCUGACCAUGUGGACACGCAUGUCACGCCCACAGCAGCCCCUGCACCUCCGUCGCCGUCCACUACCGCUUCCAAGCACGACCGUUCAAGCGUGUUGCCUCCGGCUGCCGCACUCCCCUCUGUGUUGCCGUCGCCUGUGACGGAGUUGUACGUGCACGGAGGCGCUGCGAGCACCGCCCUCGCCUCUCUCUUGCCCGGGCACCCCGAAGUCCGUGCCGUCCGCCUCACCCACGCUGCCCUCUCCCCAACUCAGCUGCGCGACCUUGCACGGUACUGUCCGGAUGUGACGCGGCUGUCUCUUGCGAUGAACGAUGACCUGCACAGCACGUCCUUCCUGUGCCCGACACCGUCCGAUACGUCGUCUCCGACCAAUACGACGGCGACCAACACAACGACCACUACAAAGAUGUUCUCCACGGCGCAGCAGUCACAGCAUCCAUCGCCACUCCUGCCCCCACCGCCGCUGCCGCCGACCGGCAACACACAUUCCCCUCGCUCGGCGUUUUUUGUAAGCAAGUCAGCCGGGCCUCCGCCGCCUGGUGAAGCGCACGUCAUCCCUGCUCCUCCGCCGUGUGGCAACGGUGCGGCCGCCGACGAACAGCGUGGCGGACUUCUUCGGCCACCACCCCUAUCCCUAUCGCUGCCGCUGCCACCACCACCAGCAGCAGCGACGGUAGCGUCGGCGCGCAGUCCGGAUGUGCCGACCGCACGCAGCAGCGAUAGCUUCACUGUUGACGCAGACGACGAUCAAAAUACGCAGAGCGUGAGGUCGAACCUGGCCGACGGCACGGUGCACAGCCGCAGUACGCAAGCACCACCGCUACAACUACCAGUACAGCAGCGUCAAGUGUUGUUGCCGCUGCGGCGGGCAUCGCAGGACGCCCUGCACAACAGCCAAAUCGACCUGUUCGCUGCGGAGGAAGAAGGCGAGGCCGAAAUGCGGAUGUCGCUGUGGCAGGCGGCGCAGACAGACGUAGCGGAACGCCGGCAGGCCGUCUUCAUUCUUCGGCCCAGCGACGUGGUGCUGGGCGACGCCGGUGAAGAAGGUGACGAUGGUGGCGGAGACAAGGGCACAAAGGACAGCUGCCUCGCCGCCCCAGCGCCGUCGCCGCCGCCACCGUUAUCGUCUUCACGGCCACAGAAUAGUGCGAACACAGUGGGUGGCGGUGUUCUCCCGAACUCAGAUGGCGCGGUCCUUGCUGCUGCUACUGCUGCUGCAGCAGAGAAGGAGGAGAAGGAGGGGGAGACGCAGCCACGCCCGCCUCUUUCCUUCCUCGUAAGCGCGAGCGAUGACGACGCCAGUGCUGUUGCCUCCACCGACACGGCCGCCCCGCUGCCACCGCUGUCCCUCUCCGCCUCUACCCAACACACCGAUCCCCUGCGUCUCCCCGAUGCUGUGAGCCGAUCGGUCGACGCCACCCUCGCCGAGAUGCGGACGUCGCUCGGGAAGCGUUCUGCGAGGACGACCUCCGCUUACAAAGGCGGUGUGCGGAUCGCAACAGCAACGAACGCAUCCCUCCCUGCCGCCACCGCGACCGCAACGGCAACGACGCCCUCCGCCGCUUCGCACGCUCGCCUCCGUCAUCGCCGUUCUUCGUCCCCUCGGAAGGGCUCCUCGACGCACUGGUCAGAGACGUUAAUUGAUUUGGAUCUCUCCUACACGCAGGUUCGGGACGUGUCCGCUGCGCGUGACGUCCCGCAGCUGCAGAUGCUCUCCCGGCUCUCCCUGGAGGGCUGUAUGCAGCUAACGCGGGUGCGUUGGUUGCCGUCCCUGCAGCACCUGCGUGAGCUAAACCUGUCCUUCUCCUCUGUUCAAGGCUCCGCGAUGUACCCACUUGGCUUCUGCGCUCGGCUUGAGUGGCUGAAGCUAGAGGGCUGUUCGUCUUUCACUUGUAUUGAUCAGCUUUGGGUGACCGCGGAGGUGCCGAAGGACGAGUCACCGUCGCUCCAGACGGAUCAGCGGACGCUCGAAUCAACGACAGGGACAACGAGAGCAACAGAACAGCUGUCGUCGGCACACCUCGUGCGUCACCGCAUCGCUGGUGGUAUUCCCGCCAUCACUGUCCUUCCAGCGUCGGCGAGUCGCCUUGCGUCUUUCUCGGUUGCUACCAGUGACAGAGGCGAGGACGAAGCCGGCACUGCACCCGCGGACACUUCACCGUCCACCACCCCAACCGCUUCUAGUGCCGGAGCAGCACGCCCUUCUCCUCCUCCCCCUUCAUCAGGGGUGUCGGACGCCAUCGAUGCUGCCGCUGCUGGUGCUGCCGAGGCCGCCCCUGCCCCUCUUCUCAGCACGUUGCGCGUACUCAUUGCCACGAGCACCGGACUCACCGAUGCGGGGCUGCGCCCUCUCCGACACAUCGAGAGCUUAGAGUGCGUGGUGGUGGAUCGAUGCGCCGCGCUAACAGACAUCAACGUUGCGGCAGAACUUCCUGCCCUGCACACACUGGACGCGAGCCACACCGGUGUCACCACGUCCGGCCUUUCCGCGCUGCGGCACUCCCGCACGUUGCGACUGCUGCGAUUGCAAGGGUGUCUGUCGUUGACUCGCCUGCCGGUUCUGUUUGUGGAGCCCACGUCCGCCCGCACGGGCACGGCGGUCUCCGCUGGAGCGGGUGGUGGUGGCGGUGAUGACGGCAACGGCGGUCGUGCGUCUCGUGUCACGGCACCGCGUCUCAGCGUGAUUGAUGUGUCGCUGUGCAGCAACCUGAGCGCCGGCGGUGUGGAAGGUCUCGUGAUGGACGCCGCUGCGGUGCAGCUGGAGGAGGCGGCAGCAACGGCGGCGACGGAUGGCCAUCGCGGCCAACCCGCCCCGACAAUCGAGGCCAAUUCAGGCGGAAAGCCGGCGCACCGUGACGCGUCGCUUCCCCUUCCUCUUCCGUACGCACUGCCGCAGCUCCGACAUCUUUUCCUGCGUUCGUGCGAUGCCCUGUCGCAGCUGACGGCGCUGCGUGGCUUCACGCGGGUGGUGGAGCUCGACUUGUACCACACGAACAUCGACGCAGCAGCGCUGACGACCGCCACGGCGUGGUGGACUUCGUUGGAGGUGUUGAAUGUGGCCAGCACGAGGGUGUGCACCUUGGCUGCGUGGUGCCCGGCAGAGGACAUGAGAGGGGAGCGGAAAGCUGACGGAGGCGCACUUGGUGGGUGUGCGGAUCCUGUGGAAGGCAACCACCGUCCUGCGACGGGUGCGGAUGCCUCUCCCACCGCACUGCCCGACGCAGACUUUCUUACCACCUCCAAACUGCCGCUGUUUGCGUGUACGUUGCGCGUGCUGACGCUCUCGAACACCGACGUCACCGCCGACGGCCUUCGCGCACUGCAGCACUUUCCGCGGGUGGAGGUGCUGCAGCUAUCGAGCUGCCGUCGCCUGACGUCGCUGUCCUUCCUGUGCCUCCGAGCAGACGCGCCAGAGGUGAGAGAGGGGGGAGGGAGGAUGAAGGAGAGGGUUGCACUGCAAGAGGAACAGCAGCUGCAGCAGCAGCGCACGGCGUUGCGUGAACUCACGGUGACAGAAGCGGUGGAGUUGACGAACGUGACGACAUUUCCGUACCUCGCUGCAUGUCCGCGUCUGCGUGUGCUGUCCUUAUCGGGCUGCACACAGCUUGGCGGCGGCGGCGACGCCCCUUCCGCGUCCGCCACUUCCGCGGCACCUGCACGCCCCCUCACGGAACACCUACCACCUCUGGUCGGCACCAUCACCAGCAACAGCAACUGCAGCGCGAAAGACAGCAGUUUUGCAGUGCUGCAGCGCAUGAGUGGGCUGACGGACUUAAACCUCUCCAAGACCGCCGUCACGCACGAUGACUUACGUGCCGUGCUGAUGCCACCUUCGAUGAGAGCAGUCGAGUCGCUUCAGGCCAAUGCUGCCUCUCCCGCUGAUCGCGCGACGACCCGCUCCCCCUACUCGCCACUGCCGCAUCCUCAACCUGCAUCGACAUCUCUCCAGCGCAUCUGGCUGCGCGGGUGCCGCCACCUAGACGAGGACGGACUGCUAGCUGCCGCUGCUGCUGCUGCAGUUUCUGAGGCGGAGGCGGCGGCAGCGGCGAACGGAAAUGCCACUGGCACGUCGGGUGUGUUUCCGCAGGAGAAGAACACGCAUGUUUUUCUGGCGUCGGUGCGCGAGGUCUUCUUGAGCCAAGGCCGCUUCGGCGCUGCCGUGCUGAGUAGUCUGGUGCCUCGGUGCGUCGAGUGA